GCUAUUACUCUCUUUGCUUUCUUCUGUCAUUAUAGAUUUUUCAAAUAUAAUAUAAUAAAUAAUUCUUUUUGUUAUAGAUACAGGAAUAGUGCUUUCCAUAUAAAUUAUAAUUCUCUUUUCAAAGUGCGCUGCGCUGGACAACAAUUAUUUAUUAUAUUUGCUAUUACUCCUGGAGAGUGGUAAUACUAAACGGUGGAAAGCAUAACAAGAAGUUUAAAGACUGUACUGUUCUAACAUGUACAAUGAUACACAGCCACCCUACGUCUAUAUUUUGCAUAAUAGCGACGGAAUUUUGCGAAAGAUUUUCCUUCUGUGGAUUAAGAACGAUACUUUCCUUGUACCUCCGGAACGUGCUGUGCCUCCACGAGAACGCCGCGACUGUGGUGUACCACAUCUUCAUUAUGAUGUGCUACGCCAUGCCGCUCGUCGGAGCGAUACUUGCUGAUAACUUUAUUGGCCGCUACAGGGUGAUAUUAUAUUUCUCGAUAAUAUACCUGUUGGGAACGUUGUUGACAUGCUGCUCAGCGAUCCCUCCUCUCAUGCUGCCCCCGACCACCACAUCUAUGAUCGGUCUAGGCCUUAUCGCGACGGGCACUGGUGGCAUCAAGCCGUGCGUAGCAGCAUUCGGCGGAGACCAGUUCCGCCUGCCGGAAGAGAACCAACGGCUCCAGCGGUUCUUCUCGACGUUCUACUGCACGGUGAACCUGGGCGGGUUCAUGGGCAUGGUGGUGACUCCGGCCCUUCGACGCAGCGUAAUGUGCUUCGGCGACGACACGUGCUAUGCGCUGGGGUUUGGAUUCCCCGCUCUGUUGGUUUUGAUAUCUAUUAUUAUAUUUGUAGUGGGUAAACCAUGGUACAGGAUCAAGAAGCCGCGAGACAAUAUCACGCUGAAAUUCGUGUCAUGCGCGUGGUACGCGGCUGUGAAGCGCAUGAAACACGACUCGGAGACGGACGGGCCUCCAUGCGAGCACUGGCUGGACCACUCCAUCGAGAAGUACGGCGAGAAGCUGGUGACGGACAUGAAGGUGGUGUUCGCGAUACUGUACCUCUACCUGCCGGUGCCAAUCUUCUGGUCGCUAUUCGAUCAGCAAGGAUCCCGAUGGACAUUUCAAGCGUCGCGGCUGCGCAGCGAGAUCUUCGGAGUAACCCUGAUGCCCGACCAGCUGCAGGUGAUGAACCCCGCGAUGGUGCUGCUCAUGAUCCCGGUGUGUCCCGGCGGGGUGUGGCCAGUGUUCCCGGACCUGCCGCCGCUGCAGAAAAUGUUCCUGGGAGGAAUGCUGGCGGCACUGGCUUUUAUGUCUGCUGGCAUUCUUCAGAUUGGCAUCGAGCGCUCCACUCUGCAAGUACCAGGGCACCAUCAGACCGGGCUGGUGUUCCUGAACACGCUGGCUUGUCCUGUAGACGUGUCCGUGCGGGGCGAGGGAGUGGCACCUGUAGAACAGCACGGGACGGCGCUCAUGACGCCGCUGCCGCACCGCGUCCACACCUUGACAGUCAGCUGCCCUGUCGACUGCGCUGGCAGGGUCAUGAAACGGCACAUAGUCAGGGCUGACUUGAAGACUGUCGCCGGCAUGUUCAUGCCGAUUGUCGUUGGCCAGAAUUCCGAUGACCAAAUAUCUUUCUAUUUCAUGGACCCGAAUCCGUUUGGCAAGUCGCUUACUGGAAAACCAAAGCUGAAGGUCGUGUACGUGGGGGACACGGGUCCCAAUAAAAACGUGUCCAUUGCUGUGGAGACGGACAAGCGUCUUAGCGACAUUUAUUAUGUAUCAGACGCGCCGAUCGACCAUAUCGGAGAGUCGGCCUACAUGUGCAUGCAGCCCGGCAAAUUCAAAUGGCGCGCGCAAGACGCUAAGGGCGAUAUGUCAGGGUCCGGGGAAGGAUACCUGCGCACGGGCGGCGUGUACGUGCUCUGCCUGCGAGAGAGGCUGGGCCGGCUGGACGCGGCCAUCCUUCACGCGCCGAACCCUCCCAACGAGCUGCAUCUGGCCUGGAUCGUCCCCCAGUACCUGCUGGUGUCCGUCGCUGAGAUCAUGUUCGCCGUUUCGGGAUUAGAGUUUUCUUUUACUCAGGCGCCAAAGAGUAUGAAGACAAUAACAAUAGCGGCGUGGUACGUGUCGGUCGCGUUUGGGAACCUGAUCGUGAUUCUUGUGGCGCAGACGAAGAUAUUCGAGUCCCGGGCGACAGAGUUCUUCGUGUACGCUGGGUUUCUGGCUCUGGCGAUGCUGGUGUUCCUGCGGAUGGCACAGGGCUAUGAAUCCAGGAGUGUGGAGGGAGACGGCUCCUCGUCGGAGAGUCGACCACUCUUACGGCACCGGUCUAGGGUGAUAUCGGUGCACUCGCUGUCUACGACGAGCACUCGCGCGUUCAGCGGUGCGAGCGAGGCAUCUUCGACGUUGUGGCCGGCGCGCGCGGCUGUGCGGCUCGGCACGCCCAGCUCUCGGUCCACUGGACCACCGCCCACCACGCUCGCUAAAGACUAAUCUAGUCAUUUUAAUUAAAAAUAAAAAAUUUAAAAAUAAUUAAAAAAAAAUUUAGAACCAUGGUCUGGUAUUCUUAAUUCCAAUCCAUCUUCCAAAGAGGCUUGGCAUAAAAAUAUACUUUGUUCACCCCAAAUUAGUAGGAUUAAGGCACGGCUUCUCUACGCAUUCAAGCAUUGCCAAUAAUUAUUGUAGUAUUUGACGAUUACUAUUACUGUAAGGCAAAUAUCAAUUGUGGUUAGUCCAAAGUUUCAAUUAUAUUGUAUAAUUAUAAUAAUCCUCUUUGCGGAUAAAAGACCUAUACACAUGACCGCGGGACAUCGCACAGUAUCGCAAGGGAUCGCGGCGGCUCGCACGGCCCAACCAAUAUUAUUGAUCGCUGAAACUUAAAUUACGUAUCAACUUCUUGUGAAAACAGUGGUAACUGGUAACAUAGUCCAUACUGAUAUCUACGUAUAAAUUAUACCUACACGUAAGUAGCGCAUUCCGACGACGCAAUAUGAUACCAAAUCUCAUAUUAAUUAUGUAUUAUAUACGCUUGAGGCUAUCUACAUCAAACAGAGGUAACAUUCUAGUAAUUAAAUAAUUAUCAGAAUUGGAACAGUAUUUGUUACUGUCGACUACCUAUAUUUUCGGAUACUUUGUUUUAUAUUAUGAGUUACAAGCAUGACAAAGAUUUUUAGAGUCAUUGUUAGGGGAGUAUAUAGUGCGCACGUCACAGCACGCCGUGCGUGGCAUCAACUUGAUGUGUGGCGACCUCAAAGCAAUAUCAGUUGCAAAUGGCAAAUUAAUUAGAUACGUCACAUCAUUUAGGAUUGAUGGUUAUUGGUUCUAUUGUUGUAGCAAUCUUUCGUAAGCCCUCGCCCCGCACCGUUAUAGCGUCAAAGUAAUUUUUUUAAAGCUUGUCCAUUUUUGAAUGAAGUUUUAUUACCGGCUGCCUGAUAUACGCGACGUCUAUCCAAUUCAAUCCAUCAAACAGUGCUAGAAAAACCUAUGCAAAUUAUUGCCCAACUUAAGUAAUUUUAGUCCUGUAUUAAGCCCGGUAUUUUUCCAUUAUCAAAAAUUAAGGAUACCGGGUCCAACAACUUCAGCAAAACCUUAGCAUAAACCAAAAAUUAGUAAUCGCAGAACACAAAUCGAAGACACAAGAUUAUACAUGACCAACUUUGUCAUAACAAUGUAUGUUCAUAAAUGAAAUAAAAGAUACGCAGUAAA